AAUCUGGAAAUGCACCUUCUCUCCAAUCCUGCACUCAUAUUUUGCCAUCAUCCUUUCCUCUACCUUUUGCAAUCCCCACCUUCAGAAAAAGCCUAUUCAUACUCGGGGAAUGGUAUCUAUUUAAAACCCUUUUGUGAAUCCAUCAGUAGCAUAUGUAAUUUAAAGAGAGGUACUUCAAGUAUCUUUACAUACAACUGUCCUGAAUCAUUUUGGCUUGCCAACGGAACCGUAGGUGAAAGAAUGGGUGAUCCGUAUAAUGUGGUCAUCCCGGGACCAAUUUAUGACAGUGUGAAUAAUAAAAAGAAUAUGAGAAUAAACCCCAUAGAUUUAAUUGUUUCGGCCAUGUAUACAACAGGAAACGAAAAAAACCUUAAUGAUUCUGAAUUUGUAACUUUGGAUGGUGGAAAAUUUGGGAUUCUAAUGCACUGCCAAAUUUUCUCUUCAACAAUUGAAUAUUUGGUUACUCUUGGAUCGCUUAAAGUAAACUCAUUUGGGAACUUGACAAAUGUACAACUUGUAGCCAUUGCCUCCGCAACAAGAAUAAUGACACAGCUUGCGAUAGACGAUGUCAUGGACAUAGCAUACAGUAGAAAUAGUACAUUGUAUCUUAGUGAAUUUGCACAACGAUUUGCCCAGGAAACCAUCUCUUCGUUUGUUGGCGCCGUGCAAGAAAAUAUGAGUGGAUAUGAUUAUGUACUUGAAGCGACCCAAGACGAAACAAUUGUACCACUAUCCGCCGUUCUACUCUAUGUUUUAAUUAUUACAUUGCCCCUGUGGGUUUUCUCUGGAGUUGGUCUUUGCUCUAUUAGAAAUCCUUCGACUGGUGUACGCAUCAACUGGAUACUUGCCGAAUUCCUCUGCGCACCACAAAGAUUAUUCUACCGGGUCUUUACUGAAAACAACCAUGAAAGAGAUGAUUUUUGGGAGAGUUUAUCGGUACAGGAAAGGAUGAUGGCAAAAUAUGAGUGCAGGAUUGGAGAGAAGGUGCAUUUCCAGAUUCUAGAAAACAAUAAUAGAAGUUUGGCUCACAAAGAAACCAUAUGA